GCAAGCCUAUAUACUUAUGGUUUUGGUAGGCAUAAUGAAAUGUAAUAAUAAUAACACGUAUAAAAAGGGUUAAACAAGACGAGGGGUACGAAUACGGUAUAUGUACAAACACAAAAUGAGUCAAAUUCCAAUACGUUAAAACGUGCAAAACUCUCAUAUGCAGCUGAUUCUUUCACCACCACUUUCUCCUCAAAUUUAGAGAUUUAAAUAAGUAACUUAAUCACUUUGGUUAGUUUGUUGCUUUACUGCAUACAUCGUUAACACGAUCGACCUAGAAAGCUUAAUUAUCUAAUUAAAACACCCGAAUUUAUUGCUAACGGAACUAAACCUUUACAAUUUAAGAAAGUUAAAAACUUGAUUUACCGUUAGAGUUUCAGUUAUAAAAUAACUUCAAUUAUGAAAAAGUUUACGAAACAUAAGACAAAAAGUUGUAAUAACAAUGAGCAAACCUCACCAACAGUGCUAUCCCCUCGCAGUACGCCUCCACCACGACCACCCCCACCAAAUCCGAUGCCAGUAUUACCACAAGAACUACCACCACCGUCACCACCCGCAAUUCGUACUGUUCUAGAGCUUGGCCCCGUUAAAAAUCUCGUUUUUCAAGGAGGUUCUGUCAAAGGAACGGCGUACGGAGGAGCGGUUGGAGGCCUACAUGCGGCUUUUGCGAAAAAUGGCAUGAAUUUCGACGCACAAAUUGAAAAUGUCGCUGGAACCUCGGCCGGAGCAAUUACCGCGCUCGCGCUUUCACUCGGUACGGGCGUCGCUGAAUUAGUUGACACAAUUGGCAAUACAGAUUUCAAGUCAUUCUUGGACACAAAAGCGUACGAAAUUGUGUCCAACAUCAGCAACGACUCGUCCUCACUUCCUGCCAAGACUUCCGCCGCCAUGAAUACACUUCCCUUGUUAAAUUCAUCCUUUGGUUUGGCAUCAGGGCAAAAUAUUCUCGACUAUUUGGAAGCUUUUGUUAAGCUAAAGACGGACAUUAAUUUCCUCACUUUCGGAGAAUUGCACACAUUAGUGGAGGAGGAUAGAAAGUUGAUGAAGGAAGGGUUGAGGAGGAGUAAUUUAAGGAAAGAUCUUUACGUGGUCGCCUACAAUCUGACCCUUGACACCCCACUCGUCUUCAACUACAAGGACACCCCCGACUCCGUAAUAUCAGACGCUGUCCGAUGCAGCAUGUCCAUCCCGUACGUAUUCAUCCCACACAAGAAUUUCGUCAAGAAGGACGUUGAUGGUGACCUGGUACGCAUCGAGGCGUCAGAAGACCUCUGGAUAGACGGCGGUAUUACUGACAAUUACCCAAUCUGGGUGUUCGACAAGCUAUUAAAAGCCCCAUACGCUGCCACGGUGGGAUUCUACCUCGUGAGUAGUGAAGAAAAGAGAGAGAUUGAACAAAGAGGACCCAUCCCGAGCCAUUCCCCGGAUCGGAGAGAAAUCAAAAACAUUCUAGACUACACAAAAGCCGUGAUUGAAACGGUGAUCUCUUCCCAACAAACGUCUGCCCACAAGCAGGGGAAGGAUAUCGAGAGAACCGUGUACAUCGACCACCUCGGGACAAACAUGAUGAAUUUCGGGAUGACGAUUGAAGAGAAGAACAACUUGGUGAGGUCGGGGUGGGAUUGUGCUUGUGAUCGGUUCGGCCUUGGGAACGAGUAUGUGGGACAGUGCAAAUUAGAGAUUAAAAUUAAGGAGGAGGUUGUUGAGAAGAAGAAGAGGAAGAAGGGAGAGAUGAAGCUGCCCGAAGGGGGAAAUGGGGACGGGGAAAGUAAGGAAACGGUUGAAUCGUCUGGAACACCGUCGCCCGAUUUGGACGCUGGCACGGACACGGCACCCAUGCAAAAGUGCGUCAUUGUGUAGUAUUUGUAAGAACUAAAUGCCUUAAUUACCUCAAUAUGAUAGUGUCCUUGUGUAACAAUAUGAACAUAUAUUUAAAUAUAAUCAAUAAAAUGUAAUUAACGCAUAUUUACUGAUAUGCGGAUUUGAAUAA